AUGCAUAUCAAGGAUAUGCUUUCCGAGGCGGACAAGAAUGGCCAGCCAUCCUUCUCCUUCGAGUACUUCCCGCCCAAGACGGCGCAGGGCGUGCAAAACCUCUACGAGCGCAUCGAUCGCAUGUACAACCUCGGCCCCAAGUUCAUCGACAUCACCUGGGGCGCCGGCGGCCGCAUCGCCGAGCUGACGUGCGAGAUGGUCCUCCAAGCUCAGUCCGUCUACGGCCUCGAGACGUGCAUGCACCUCACCUGCACCGACAUGGGCCUGGACAAGGUCGACGACGCCCUGCAGAGAGCCUACAAGGCGGGCUGCACCAACAUCCUCGCCCUGCGCGGCGACCCCCCCCGAGCCCAGGAGACGUGGACGGCGGCCGAGGGCGGCUUCCAGUACGCCCGGGACCUGGUCAGGCACAUCCGGGCCACCUACCGAGACCACUUCGACAUCGGCGUCGCCGGCUACCCCGAGGGCUGCGACGACAACAAGGACGAGGACCAGCUGCUCGACCACCUCAAGGAAAAGGUGGACAUGGGCGCCUCCUUCAUCGUCACCCAGAUGUUCUACGACGCCGACAACUUUGUCCGCUGGGUGGCCAGGGUGCGCGAGCGCGGCAUCACCGUCCCCAUCGUCCCCGGCAUCAUGCCCAUCGCCACCUACGCCAGCUUCCUGCGGAGAGCCAAGCACAUGCAGUGCCGCGUCCCCGACGCCUGGAUGGCCGCGCUGGAGCCCGUCAAGAACGACGACGCGGCCGUGCGCGAGGUGGGCAAGUCGCUCGUCGCCGCCAUGUGCCGCACGCUGCUGGCCAGCGGCAUCCGCCACCUCCACUUCUACACCAUGAACCUGGCCCAGGCCACGCGCAUGGUGCUCGAGGAGCUGAGCUGGGCGCCGUGCCCCGAGCGGCCGCUGAAGCAGGCCCUGCCCUGGAAGCAGUCCAAGGCCCUGGGCCGCCGGGGCGAGGACGUCCGCCCCAUCUUCUGGCGCAACCGCAGCAAGUCGUACGUGCUGCGCACCCAGGACUGGGACGAGUUCCCCAACGGCCGAUGGGGCGACUCGCGCUCCCCGGCCUUUGGCCAGCUCGACGCCUACGGCAUCGGCCUGACCGGCACCAACGAGGCCAACCGGAACCGGUGGGGGGAGCCGACGACGGUCCAGGACAUGGCCGACAUCUUCGUGCGCUACCUCGACCGCGACAUCGACUCGCUGCCCUGGAGCGAGGCCCCGCUCACCAGCGAGGCCGACGCCAUCAAGGACCGCCUCAUCGCCCUCAACCGGCGCGGCCUGCUGACCGUCAACUCGCAGCCCGCCGUCGACGGCGUCAAGUCGUCGCACCCCGUCCACGGCUGGGGGCCGCCCAACGGCUACGUCUACCAGAAGGCCUACCUGGAGCUGCUCGUCCCGGCCUCCAUCCUCGACGAGAUGGUGGCGAGGAUCGAGGCCGAGGCCGCCACCACCACCCUGACCUACUACGCAGUCACCAAGGACGGCCAGCUCAAGACCAACGCCCCGUCCGACGGGCCCAACGCCGUCACCUGGGGCGUCUUCCCGGGCAAGGAGAUUGUCCAGCCCACCAUUGUGGAAAGCAUCAGCUUCCUGGCCUGGAGAGACGAGGCCUUCCGGCUGGGCACCGACUGGGCCCACUGCUUCGAAGCGGGCACGCCCACCCGAGUGCUCCUGGACCAGGUGAUGAAUGGGUGGUAUCUGGUCAAUGUCGUGAACAAUGACUUUCACGAAAACGACACCAUUUUCGAGCUGUUUGAUGGCCUCGAAGUCAAGGGCCUCGACGUUCCCGUCAGCGCGUAG